CUUCUAUCAUCUACAAGUAUGGCGGCUGUUAUAUCAAAUUAUUUCAAUGGAACAAAAACGUUGUUUUAUCAAAUGCUUUAUCGAAGAAAACAUGCAUUAAAAGCUGGAGAGCCCAAUCUGUCAAACAAAGUUGCAAUCGUCACCGGAGGAAAUUCUGGCAUUGGAUUUGAAACUGUUAAAAGUCUCUGCAAAACAGGAAUGUUGGUGAUUAUGGCUUGCAGGUCAGAAGAAAAAGCAAGCAGUGCAAUUAAAAUGUUAAAAGAGGAAGAACCAGAUGCUAAAGUGAGAUUUAUGAACAUUGAUCUUACAAGUCUUGAAUCCAUCAAGGAAUUUGUGUCUAAAUUCAAAGAGAGUGAAAGCAAUCUUCAUAUUCUGGUAAACAAUGCUGGAGUGAUGCUUACUCCUUUCUCCCAAACAAAAGAUGGCUUUGAACUUCAGCUUGGUAUCAACCACUUGGGACACUUUGCCYUGACCAUACAGUUACUUGAUAUUAUAAAAAGAUCUGGGUCACCAGAAAGCUAUUCAAGAAUUGUUACUGUUUCUUCAUCUGCUGGAUCAAUUGGAACYAYUAACUUUGAAGAUUUACAGAGCAAGAAUUACUACAACUCCUAUGCUGCCUAUAGCCAGAGUAAAUUGGCUAAUGUUCUAUUCACAUAUGCCCUGCAGAGAAGGUUAACUAGUGAACAGUGUUAUGUUACAGCCAAUUGCCUUCACCCAGGAGUGGUGGACACUAACUUAUUUCAGCAUUUGCCUUGGUUAAUUCGCUAUCCACAAACGUUGCUAGCAAAGAUUCUAUUUCUGACCCCUGAGCAAGGUGCUUACACAAGUCUCUAUGCCUGUCUCUCCCCUGAACUGGAAGGCAGAGGUGGAUUAUACUUGGAUAACUGCCAGGAAUCACAAAGUAAUGAGGAAUCUUAUGACCAGAACGUGCAGGAAAAACUGUGGAAUGUUAGCUGUGAGUUGACUGGGAUGUGAACUAGUACAGGUGCUAUAGUUGUUUGGGUGAAUGGAGUAUAGGGAGAACUUUUUUCUCUUUUUUUUUAAAUUAAUAUAUUAGGAGAGAGUACGUUUUAAAAAAAAUCAAAGUACUGAAGUACCGGUAUAAGUAUUAUUUUGAUAAAAGAACAUGCUUCUAGUUCAGAACUAGAAAAUUCACAUAUGUAUCAUGAUCAUAUUUAUCAAGACUACAAUUAUAAAUAUCAAUUAAUGUAUAUGGAUCAAAUAAGAAUAAAUUGUACCAUAAU